UGCAACGGAAAGAACAUGGGAUGUCGUCAAAGCUCUGAAGAGAAGGAGGCAGCUCGGCGCUCAAGGCGGAUUGAUCGGCAUCUGCGCUCAGAAAGUCAGCGCCAGCGUCGCGAGAUCAAACUCCUUCUGCUGGGGACCAGCAACUCUGGCAAGAGCACCAUUGUGAAACAGAUGAAAAUUAUCCACAGUGGCGGGUUUAACUUGGAGGCAUGCAAGGAAUACAAGCCCCUCAUUAUCUACAACGCUAUCGACUCUCUCACACGUAUCAUCCGCGCACUAGCUACCCUCAAAAUAGAAUUCCAUAAUCCUGACAGAGCCUAUGAUGCUGUUCAGCUCUUUGCCCUGACUGGACCUGCUGAAAGCAAAGGGGAGAUUACACCAGAACUGUUAGGGGUAAUGAAGCGCCUAUGGGGUGACCCAGGUGUCCAGGAGUGCUUUUGCCGGUCCAACGAGUACCACUUGGAAGACAAUGCAGCCUACUACCUGAAUGACCUUGACAGAAUUGCAGCAUCCGACUACAUCCCAACAGUAGAGGACAUUCUGCGGUCAAGAGAUAUGACCACUGGCAUAGUGGAAAACAAGUUUACUUUUAAGGAGCUGACAUUUAAAAUGGUGGAUGUAGGAGGACAGCGGUCUGAACGGAAGAAAUGGAUUCACUGUUUUGAAGGGGUUACAGCAAUAAUUUUCUGCGUGGAGCUGAGCGGAUAUGACCUGAAACUAUAUGAAGAUAAUCAGACAAGUCGAAUGGCUGAAAGCUUGCGUCUCUUUGAUUCUAUCUGCAACAACAACUGGUUUAUCAACACCUCACUCAUCCUAUUUCUGAACAAGAAAGAUCUCCUUGCAGAAAAGAUCAAACGAAUUCCAUUGACGGUAUGUUUCCCAGAGUACAAGGGUCAGAACACAUAUGAAGAGGCUGCUGUCUAUAUUCAGCGGCAAUUCGAGGACCUGAACCGCAACAAGGAAACAAAGGAAAUCUACUCCCACUUUACAUGUGCCACAGACACCAGUAACAUCCAGUUUGUUUUUGAUGCAGUUACUGAUGUGAUAAUACAAAAUAACUUGAAAUAUAUUGGGCUCUGCUAG